ACAUUCCGCAGACAAUACAAAACAAGUCGAAAAGUGAAGAAUAGACACGCGAAAAUUCUCCCAACGGUGUUUUAUUUGUUUCGCAAUUUUUCGUGGCAAGAAUGUUCGAACGAUAUCUGUCCGCUUUGCAAUAUACCGGCAACCAGCCAGUUAAUAUUGAUGAUCUAAAGGAAUUUCGCUCGCUGAUCUCAUGGUUGGAAGAUCAGAAAAUACGCCAUUACACGAUCGAAAGCCGAGAAAACCUGAAGCAGAUCGGUUCGGUCGAUGUAUGGGAGGCAGCGUACGAAAAGUACAAGACCGACGUUGGGCUCCCCUAUGAGCUGGCAACGCGGCAAGAGCAACUGACCUGGCUGCUUCUUCACGCGGUCCGGUUGGAGUAUUCGGACAACGUGGAGACCUACCGACCGCUGAGCGGUGCUAGGAAGGUAGAAGAGCAGAAGAAAUCAAACGCACCGGAGGUGAAAUCGGCCAAUCCGUUCGAUAGUCUCGAUUUUACCAACGCUCAGUUCGAGGAAGGCGCUCGCAAACUAGCCGAUCGGCUUGGCAUUGCCUACCACCCGGAUCAUCUCGUUUCACUGCGUGCCGCCGGACGUGUCAUUCACGAUUGUCUUAACAAGGAGUCGCUAAAGGAACCGCUCAUCACCGGACAACCUUUCGCAUUCGGGGGCGACAAUAGUAGCACUGCAGGGAAACCGCAAACGGGCGUAGAACGGGAUAUUGAAAAGGCGGCCCAAAUACUGCGAUUGCUGCAGAUACAGAACAUGCGCUCGAUGCAAACCACGAUAAACGAAACGAUCGUGGCAGUGCAGAACGUUACCGCCGAUCCGAAAACGGAUUCGGCACUGGGGAAGGUGGGCGUGUAAGGAAGCAAUACUUGUGAUACGUACAACUGCGUACAUACUUAAACUAUGUUAUAAUUAAUAAAAAUCCGGUCAAUCAUUGUUUCUAUUUAAUGAAAUGGUUUUAUGUUGC